AUGGCCGACAAACCUGCAACCAAGACUGACCACGCGGAAACCCACACAGAACCCACCCCCGCCGAGGAGGCCGCCGCCCGCGCCAAGGAGGCCGAGGAGCAGAACGCGCUGCCGUACAAGUGGCAGCAGACCAUCGCCGACGUCGACGUCACCUUCAGCGUGCCCGGCAACUACAAGAGCAGGGACCUCGUCAUCGACCUGAAGAAGAACACAAUCUCCGCCGGCGUGAAGGGCCAGGACCCGAUCAUUAAGGGCGACCUCCCCCACGCAAUCAUCGUCGACGACUCGACCUGGACGCUGGCCUCGGCCGCAGACGGCACCAAGACGGUCGAGAUCCACCUGGACAAGGUGAACAAGAUGGAGUGGUGGCCGCACGUGGUCAAGGACGCGCCCAAGAUCGACGUGUCCAAGAUCCAGCCCGACACGAGCAAGCUGUCGGACCUCGACGGCGAGACGCGCGGCAUGGUCGAGAAGAUGAUGUGGGACCAGCGCCAGAAGGAGAUGGGCCUGCCGACCUCCGAGGAGCAGAAGAAGCUCGACAUCCUCAAGAAGUUCCAGGCCGAGCACCCCGAGAUGGACUUCAGCAACGCCAAGAUCAGCUAG